AUGUUUAAAAAUAUUCCAAUAAAAACAAUCGAUAAUGGUCAUGAACAACAAUAUGACAAUGAACAGCUUGUUUCAAUGAUUCAUGAUUUAAUGGAUGAACGUGAUGUUUUAUGGCGUGAAAAUGAAUAUUUAAAAGCAAAAUUAAAUGAAUCAGUUUUAAUUGAAACUAUUAAUGAAAUGAGAAAAGAACGUGAUUUAUUAUUAAAAUUAUUACUUAAUUUAACGUCAAAUAAUAAAACUGAACAAUCACCAUAUCAAAAUUCAUAUACAGAUGAACAUACAAAUGGAUAUUCUAAUGACGUACAUCCUCCUUCAUCUUCCUAUCAAACAUUUAAUACAAAUUUAAAUGGAAAAUUACCGUAUAAUACAAAUUCACCUAAUAAAAAACUUCCCACACAUUCUCGUCAUAGUCAACAUCUAGUAACUAACCAUGAUGUAUCAAUACCUGUAACUGAAUUAAAAUCAUCUUCUCGUCGUUUACAUCGAAAUAAACAAAAUUCCGAUCAACAACCAUCAGUUGUCUAUCGUGUUGAAGGUACGAAAGAAUGUUUAAUGAAUCCAAAUGAAUUAUCAUCUGUAUUUGCACAUGUUAAACAUUCACAUCCAAAUAAAAAAAUUGUUGUUUAUAAAACUUCUACAACUCCUCAAACACAUGAAUUUAAUCAAUUAGUAGAUGAAAUGUGUAUAAAACAUGGUGUAGAAUUAAAACAUAGUCAAAAUUCACCAUUUCAACAAUAUCGUUCACGAUCUUUACAAGAUUUAACAUCAACAAAUACAACAACAUCAUCAUCACUAAUACAACCUGAUUUUGAUUUUCAAUUUCAACCAAUUGAAAUACAAGAACAGAUUCGAGGAAAUUAUACAAAAAAAUAA